UUACUACUGCGUGGGUUGGAGGGAAGUGACGCCCCACUGAAUCUCUCCAAAAACAAAAAACGAACCCCUCCGGUGGUCUGCAGGCCGGGGCCAAGUUCCAAUCCUGCACCCCUCCUGAUGUCAAACCAUUUUGCAUACUAACUUCCGCCCCGCUCGGAUUUCCUUCCCCACUAGUCUGCAUCAGCCGGCAAACAGCUGGAGGUACGGGAGGAGGGCACAGUAUCACAGAGCCAUGAAGAGCUGACUUAAAAACUUCAUUUGGAAAGUAGGCGGAUGUCGCCUGCGGUUUAUUCAGGACGAAGUAGGGUUAGGGGACGCGGCGGAGGAAGAACCGACUAUAUUUUAGAUGGAAUGGGAUUUGCUACUUUCGUAUGAAGAGGCGGACCCAUGACACUGCCAGUUCAAUAUGCUGAAGCUGUCCCCGGUGUUUGUAUACUGUACGUGGAAGUACAGAGACUUUUCUCCCAACUCACAGGCCUGCCUAAGGAUUUAACACAGCACCUGAUAUUAUUUGGAGCUCACGGAUAUUCACGGUAGAAGCGCUACGACCCUUUUUUUUUUGCGGCAGUAUUUGAUUUGGACUGGGAAUUCCUUCAGAUAAGCUGCAUGUGCUUUGCUCCUUAGCUGUCUCUGGUCGUUUCUCUAAGCUAGUAUACAUCUUUUAAAUGUCUAUAUAAGUAGACAUGGGGCGCUCGUUUGUCGUAGCUCGCAGUGGCCAACCCUCUGAAACAGCCAGUAAACCCAUUAGAGGCUCUUAGUGGCUGUUUUGUCCAAAGGUGUCUUCUGUCAAAAUAGUUUGGCAUGUCGUUGAUCCACGAUGAGCUGUUAUUCUGUAGGGAUUUUUCACGCCCCUGUACGGUUUGGUAGCAGCAAUGACUGCUCACAUUUUAGCUGUUAGCAGGUAGAUUUGCAAAGAAAUCUGCUGCAGGAUUUUGAAGUUGAAGCAUUUACCAGGUGCUUCUUAUUUCUCUUGACACCACUAUUUCUGUCCACUAAAGACUAUUUUUUUCCUGUCAUCGCUGGCUGGCUGGCUGUUGCUGUGGCGUCCAGUCUGAACCCGACAUUUCUGCUUCUUUUUGGGGGGGUUUCCCCUUGCGCUCGUGAAUUUCCAUCCACGCCACGAGUCCCACGGAUACGUCUCGUUUCCACCAUGAGUUACAUCCACAAGGUGGUGAAUGUAUUGCUACGUGGACUCGUCAUCUCUGCGGUACUGGGCUUGGAGUGCACUUACUCGAAUGAUCUACUGAGCCACUCGUCGGAUGCUGCAAAUGUAGCCACCACAGACCCCUGUCUUAUAGUGAUGCCACCAUGCAUGGGUGAGGCCGAUCGCUUCAGUCUGGAGGCACUCCGACACAUCCACAAGCAGCUGGAUGACGACAAUGACGGGGGAAUAGAAGUCAACGAGAGUGUGGAGUUUAUAAUAGAAGACAUGAAGCAGCAGCAAACCAACAAACACAGCAACCUGCACCAUGAAGACCAGCACAUCACUGUGGAGGAGCUGUGGAAGGGCUGGAAGUCCUCUGAAGUCCACAACUGGACCAUGGAGGACACAGUGCAGUGGCUGAAAGAGUCGGUGGAGCUGCCGCAGUAUGAGAGGAACUUCCGGGACUUCCAGGUCACGGGGAACACCUUACCUCGAAUAGCAGCAAAUGAACCAUCGUUUAUGUCGAUGCAGCUUAAGAUAUUAGACCAGCGGCAUAAACAGAAACUAAACCUCAAGGCACUAGAUGCAGUGCUCUUUGGCCCUCCUCUUCGUCCGCAACAUAACUGGAUGAAAGACUUCAUCCUGAUGGUUUCCAUAGUGAUCGGUGUCGGGGGCUGCUGGUUUGCCUAUGUGCAGAACAAGUCCAGCAAGGUGCACAUCUCUAAGAUGAUGAAGGAUCUGGAAAGCCUGCAACAUGCUGAACAAAGCCUCUUUGACCUGCAGAGUCGGCUGGAAAAAGCUCAGGAGGAGAACCGGACGGUGGCAGUGGAGAAGCAGAACCUCGAGCAGAAAAUGAGGGACGAGAUCGCCGGGGCCAAAAAGGAGGCUCACAGGCUCAGAGAGCUGCGAGAGGGUGCUGAAUGUGAGCUCAGCCGGCUCAAAUAUGCUGAGGAGGAGCUGGUACAGGUGCGAAAGGCUCUGAAGCGAGCAGAGAAGGAGAUGAUGUCGGAGUGGUCGGUGCCUGAAGCUCUGCAGAAGUGGCUCCAGCUCACACAUGAGGUGGAAGUUCAAUACUACAACAUCAAGAAACAGAAUGCUGAGUUUCAGCUGUGCGUCGCCAAAGAAGAGGCAGAGAAAAUAAAAAAGAAGAGAGGGUCUGUUUUUGGAACUCUUCAUGUAGCCCACAGUUCAUCGCUGGAUGAGGUGGACCACAAGAUACUAGAGGCAAAGAAAGCCCUGUCAGAGGUCACGGCAUGCCUGAGGGAAAGGCUUCAUCGCUGGCAGCAGAUUGAGAAGAUCUGCGGCUUCCCUGUUGUCAAUAACUCGGGCUUGUCGACACUCACAGCCAGCCUCUACUCCGACCACAGCUGGGUAGUCAUGCCACGAAUGUCAGUGCCGCCCUACCCUAUUGCAGGAGGAGUGGAUGACCUGGAUGAGGAUACGCCUCCCAUCAUUCCACAGUUCACGUGUAAGUACGCCAGCAGAGGGUUGACUGCUUUGUACUCAAACAGGUAGAGAAUUGUAAUAAAAGUUAGGCGUUGUCUCUCCCCCAGCAACUACCAUCAUCCGGCCCACGCUGACGCGCAGCAGCAGCUUGUGUCGUUCCCGCCGGAGCCUGCUGAGCUCCCCACAGUCUUCGCUGAUGU